AUGGAAAACGUUCAACAGUGUACGCCUGUGCCGCAGAAUGCCUUCGACGUUGUUUCGAUAGGCGGCCUUGUCUUUCAUAACGUCGACGGCGUCAGGACCGAGCCCCCUACAAUUCUCCAUCGCAUGUUCCCUCCUAUAGAUCUUGUUGACAUCUAUCCUCAUCCAGAUAUCGUCCCCUUCAUCUAUGCACGUCCAGCAGACGAGUGCAACCGGCCAGAAGGACCUCCAGUACGCCAACCUUCUACACUUCCUGUUCCGGGACACUCUACGCUGUCUUUCAGUCUGGGCGACGCCAUAAGCUCUGGACGCUCUGGGAUAGUCUAUGAAGCCCUCGAAGCCCGUAUCAACUCCACCCACAUCGGUGUCCCAGGGGAUACUGCUACGGGUUAUUUGCCUCCUUUGGUGGUCAAAAUAGCCCGCCAGAAUCGUUGUAUGUCCAUUGUACGGGAGGCCUGGUUCUACGAAGAGAUGGAGUGCCUUCAGGGUGCAUCUAUUGCGCGGUGUUAUGGUUGCUUCGAGCUGAGAUUAGAGAAGGGGUGGCGUGUCGGCCCAUGGGAAAAUCCCGAGCAUCGGCUUUAUGAUACUGGCUACGACUCCAUUCCAGAGUUCGCUAGGUAUCCUCCUGUGGCCACCAUGGAAGCCGGCAUCGAACCUCACCCACUGCUGACGGAGCUUAUCAUGGCUCGCAAUCGUGUUUUUGUACUGGUUCUUGAGCGGCUUGGGGAUGAGUUGUCGGUCGGCUAUGCACACCCUACGAGCGUACAACAAGACGUCAAGGACAUCUACAAUGACGUGGCUAGCCUCGGCAUCACGCUUGCCAGCGACGUUCGCUCACACAACAUCCUUGCCGCUCUGCCCAGUCCUCCAGGCCUUCCCAGUAUUCCUUCGCCGUUUACUCGACGUACGUAUGCCUGGCGUCUGGUCGAUUUCGAGUUGGCGCGAAAGACUCCGUGGAUGCGGAAGGUGAUAGCUCGGGAUCAGCAGGACUGGGUGAGGAAUAUGUUCGUAUCUCUUCCUAUGUUCACGCGCAAAUGUAGCCGCGCGAUGCCUCCUGAGGCUCCUUAG